AUGUCGAGUCUCCAGAUUCUACUGCUCUGUGGGAAGACUAUGAGCUGCGUGGCUUUGCACCAUUAUGAGAGUAGAAAUGAAUGUCGUGGUCAACGAAUCACUCAUGCAGCAAUUAAGAUUGCAAACGGAUCCAGUGAUUCUCGGAAGUGGAUCAUCUAUGAUGAGGUGGAAAGAAAAUUCUACACCGGGGAGUCAAAAAAAUCGCCCAAUAGCAGAGGAUCAGAAUUGGUGGAGCCUUGCUCUGCUGUUGAAGUAGAACUGCCCUGUCAGCCUAUUUGUGAAAUCAACAAAGAAUGCGAGCAACAGAUACUUGGGGAAAAUCAGAGCAGCCCUCAAGUGCAUAGCAAAUCUGUUGCUGUUGAAGAGGAAGAAGUUAUUCUCUUCAAACCUAUAACCAGAUAUAAUUCAGCACCAGUUUGUACUUCUAGUACCGAAAAUGAUCUAAUGUUUCCAGAAGACAUAGGGGACCAAGCAGAACCUUCUGAUGAAUGUCUGCGCCGUGCCUCAUCACUACUUAUAGCACAGAACGAGGCUUAUGGUGAUCCUUUGACUUCCACUUCCACCAUCACUAAUUUCAGAAGCAAGAAGUCAUUCGAGCCAUUGGAGGCUCUUAUCAAAGAAUCAAUGGUAUGCCCAUUUUCAGAAGGCCCUGUCUUUGCCAGGCCUCCCUCGCUUAGUUCUUGGGUCCUCAAUAGAGGAAGUUUGAGCACUGAAAGAGAGAAAGGGACAAGUAAUUUUAACAAGCAUGGAUUAGAGCCUGUUGAGGAAACUGUUGAGGAAACACUUUCUGCAUCAUUUAUUGGUCUCUCCAUGGAUGAAACAAAGAAUUCUGUCACUGCUUCUGAGCAUGUCUCUCCAACCUUGCAUUACUCUUCCCCUCCGUAUAUAGCUCCAAUGCCGUCUGCCCCAUUAUUACCUGACGAUGCUGUCUGGUUUAGUGGUGUCCCAUCUAGUUUUCCUGAAUGCAAGAGCCCAGGGGUCAUUAACGAGACCGGUGACUUCAUGGGUGCAUCACCGCUAAGUGGGUACUCAAAUUGGACUGCUACUCAUGGGCCAGUUGAUUACACUCCUAGUAUUCCAGGCCUCAUUUAUGGACACUCACCAUUACUUGGUGCGAGAAGCUCUCCUGAAUGGUUUCACCACUACAACUACAACCAAAAUUUUGAGCAGGCCAAUAUUCAUAUGCGGCCAGUUCAGUUCUCUGCAGCUGGGAACCUUGGGGACUUCCAUGGUUAUGAUGCUUCCAGGUUUGAUCUUUUUGAUAGAUGGGGAAACCCGUUGGCUUCCAACCCAUUGAUAUACUUGGAGAGCCCACCAUUGCAUCCUGGGUCAACGCUUGUUUACGGUGUAGAUGAACAAAGGAGAGAGAAGCUCUUUCAUGGUUACCAAAGACCAUUUCCAUACGGGUAUGGUGCUGCCACUGACCUAAGAGACGAACAGCAGCAGCUUCUGCAAUAUCUUAAAGAAAAAGAAUUGCGACUGCCUCAGGAUCCACAAGUGAGAGGUCCUACUUACAUGGGGAAUUGA